CUGCGGUCCACCGUCGGGGGCCGAACCCUUUUGUGGAAUGUCAGUCAGCAGAGCCCCUGUGCCUGGGCCGGAGUUAGGUGUGAGCAGAACAGAGUCACGGUGUUGCGUUUACCCGGCGUCGCUCUCUCCGGCGAGCUGCCGAAUGGGGUUUUUGCCAAUUUGACUGAGCUGCGAACUCUCAGUCUUCGCCUCAACGCUCUCACUGGUAACAUUCCUUCAGAUCUAGCUGCUUGUACUCGUCUCCGGAACUUGUACCUGCAGGGGAAUUUCUUCUCCGGCGAGAUCCCGGAGUUCCUAUUCACUCUCCGUGACCUCGUUCGGGUUAACCUCGGGGAGAACAACUUCACCGGUGGGUUCCCGACCGGGUUCGACAAUCUCACCAGGCUCAAGACUCUGUUCUUGGAGAACAACCAUCUGUCCGGCGCCAUUCCGACGGUGAAAUUGGGGAAAGUGGAGCAGUUCAAUGUGUCCAACAAUUUGUUGAACGGCUCUAUUCCUCAGAGGUUGAGGACUUUCGAUUCGGAUUCGUUUUUGGGCACUUCGCUCUGCGGGCAGCCCCUCGAUGCCUGCCCGGUCGAUGGUGCCCGCGGGACUGUGGUGGUGCCCAGCACGCCGUCGGCGACAGGGCAGUCCGUCGGGAACAGGAAGAAAAAGUUGUCCGGCGGGGCAAUCGCCGGGAUAGUCAUCGGGAGUCUUGUUGGUCUGUUGUUAAUAGUCAUGAUUUUGGUCUUCCUCUCACGGAAAAUCAGCAAGCAGAGAUCGAGAUCGAUGGACAUUUCAACAUUGAAGCCUCAAGACCUGGAAAUCAUGUCUGAGAAGCCCAUGGUGGAUGUGGACGGCGGCGUUGGCCGCAACGGAAGUAGUGGGUACUCGGUGGCUGCUGCCGCUGUGGCUGCUAUGGUGGGCAACGGCAAAGGAGGAGGAGAUGGUAGCUCUGGCGCCGCCGGAGCGAAGAAGCUGGUGUUCUUUGGGAAGACUACUAGGACGUUUGAUUUGGAGGACUUGUUGAGAGCCUCUGCAGAGGUUUUAGGGAAAGGAACAUUUGGGACUGCUUAUAAGGCAGUGUUGGAGUAUGGAACCGUGGUGGCUGUGAAGAGGUUGAGAGACGUGAAUGUGUCAGAAGGAGAGUUCAAGGAGAAGAUUGAAUUUGUGGGCGCCAUGGAUCAUGAGAGGCUUGUCCCCUUGAGGGCUUAUUACUACAGCAGGGAUGAGAAGCUUCUUGUCUAUGAUUACAUGUCCAUGGGAAGCUUGUCUGCUCUUCUUCAUGGCAACAAGGGUGCUGGUAGGACUCCACUGAACUGGGAAAUCCGUUCCUCAAUCGCCUUAGGAGCAGCUCGUGGCAUCGAAUACCUUCACUCCCAAGGCAACGAAGUCUCCCAUGGCAACAUCAAAUCCUCCAACAUCCUACUCACUCCGAACUACGAAGCUCGAGUAUCCGACUUUGGUCUCGCUCAUCUCGUGGGCCCCUCAUCGACUCCCAACAGGGUAGCAGGCUACCGCGCGCCAGAAGUUACCGACCCACGACGUGUCUCCCAGAAGGCCGACGUCUACAGCUUCGGCGUCCUCCUUCUGGAGCUGCUAACGGGAAAGGCCCCCACGCAUUCCCUCCUGAACGAGGAAGGCGUCGACCUGCCCCGCUGGGUUCAAUCCAUAGUGAAGGAGGAGUGGACCUCGGAGGUGUUCGAUCUCGAGCUCCUGAGGUACCAGAGCGUGGAGGAAGAGAUGGUUCAGAUGCUGCAGCUUGGAGUGGACUGUGCAGCUCAGUUCCCCGACAACCGGCCUUCGAUGGUCGACGUGACGAGGCGGAUCGAGGAGAUUUGCAGGUCGAAUGGCAGCGCCCGAGAUCCUCAGCAGCCUGCUGGUGAGGUGGUGGUCAGCCAUGGAGAUGAAAGCUCGAUACUUUGAGAGAGCAUUCAUACAUUUGCACAUCCCCAAUGAAUGUAGAAAAAUGCUCUCUCUCCCUUUUCAUUUCUUCCUCUCAGCCUCUUUUUUCUUGUAUGUCAUCAUCGACUCUAAAUGUGGUGUGUGGUCUUUGGUUGUCCUGUUUCUGGAGAUGUUGGUAUUUUGGUUCUGUCGUUAAUUUGCCAGUAGGAGGGUUUGUGAUUUGAUGGGUCAACAUCAUUAAUUUACAUUGGUGGGGUUGGUCAGUGGUUGGUUUGUGAUGUUUUAUCUAUCUAUCUGUGGUUGGUUGGUUGGUUGGUGGGUGAAGUGGGUUGGUUCAUGAAGGGAUAAGGACUAAGGAGGUUAUAGCUAUUAGUAGUGCUGUCUGUCUUCAAUCAAAAUGGUCCCUUUUCCUUCAAAGAUGGUAAC